CACGCUUCGCACACAUUCAAACGCUCGCUCUUAGUUGUGAGUGUUAACGUUUACACAGUUUUGUUUUCAAUGGGUCGUAGUUAGAAUUUACCUCUAUUAAAUUGCACUUACAGCAAUAUCCAAUACAUACCGUCAAUUGUUUGUUGAUAUUGCUAUUUAGUUUCAUUUAAUUCUCUACGUCGAUAAUAUCCCGUGAAUAAAAAAUACGUAACAAAAAAUGUCGACAAUUCUACUCGGAAUUCGGUCUUGUUUUGUUACUUCAGUGUGAACGACGUGAAUACUCUUUCGAUUGCCGUUUUUUUUGUAUAUUGUUUACUGGAUCAAUGUUUGAUUUUUUUUUUUUCAUUGACGAGCAGCUGAGAAGCAAUUCACAAUUCAUUAAUUGAGCAUUAAGAUAAUAGAUAAGCCCAUGAAUUUUUGGGACGCAAUGCGAACGACGACAUCUUCCAGUUCUAUUCAAGUGCAGUGAUUUGCGUUUUGAUUUCACACAUAACGCUGAUAUUUGCAUUUUGCCUUGGAUCCAAAGCGCAAUCGACAGAAUGCAUGACUUAUUCUGUGCUAAGACCUAAUUAGAACAGUGUAUAUUGAAGCGAUUUAUCACACCGGAGACCAUCCCACUGACCAAUUUUCGUCGGUUUUUUUAUAUAUUAUAUCCAGUGACAAUGUUCACCUAAACGAUGUAUUGAAUUGCUAAUUGAAUCAAUUUCUCAAAAAGAAAAAAAGACCGAAAUGGCGGCUACCAAUUCUGAAUACAUUCCAAGUGCAAAGGCUGCAAUUCAACCAACCGAUCCAAUUGUGUAUGCCAACGAAGAACAUGAGCAACCGUCCGUUUCCGUUCAACCGACGAUUAACCAGACAACCGUUGAACAUGCGCGAACAACCAAUACGUAUGCACUUGAAUUACCGGUUCUGUUGCUGUUCUUCUCAUGGAAUUUAUCGGGAACUGUUUUCCAGAAUCAAGUACUAUACCAAAGCUGUAUAUUAAAUUACAAUGAAUCAACGUGCACUUUACUUGCAAACGAAAAGAUACCAGAUGAUCUUGUGGAAUUAGAAGUAGAGCUGGAAGAAUAUGCAUCGAAAAUAUUUAUGGCUCGUGCUGUUUUGGAAAGUAUCAUUCCUGCAUUUAUAAGUUUUCUAAUUGGACCAUGGUCAGACAAAUUUGGUCGUAGGCCGAUUUUGCUGAGUACAUUUUUUGGAUAUUUUUUGGCCUAUGCACUACUGUGUGCAAUAUCAAUACCGUCAUCGUUUUUCAUUAUUAGUCCAUGGUACUACUUAUUUGCAUUCAUUCCACUGUCACUUCUUGGCGGUACGUGCGCGCUAAUCACGGGGAUCUUUUGCUACAUAAGUGAUGUUACGUUCGAAAGAGAUCGUGCAUUUAGAAUGGCACGAAUGGAGGCAGCCGUUUUCGUUGGUCUACUUUUGGGUGCUUUGAGCAGUGGAAAUUUGUACAAAUUAACUUCAGCGUCUGUGGUGUUCGGAUUGUCAACGUUGUGUUCAUUAUUGGGAUUGAUUUGCGUGUAUAUGUUUGUCAAAGAAAGUAUUAAAAACGAAACGGAAGAAACUGGACGUAUGGCCAAGUUUAAAGCGCUUUUCGAAUGGAAGCACGUGGCGGAUCUAUUUCAUACGUGUUUCAAGCGACGAGAGCACAACGGUCGGGUUCUUAUUUGGCUCAUUAUUCUCGCAUUAGCCUCAACGAUGUUUGUUCUAGAGGGAUCGGUGGCACUUAGCUUUUUGUUUAUGCGAGAGAAAUUUAAAUGGAUGAUAACAGAUUAUAACUUUUAUACGGCGUUCAAUGUGAUUUGCCAAGUGUUUGGCAACAUUUUUGGAACUUAUGUACUCAACAAAAUGUUUGGCAUACCUGAAAUUCUGAUGGCAAUUUUUGGCUACUUCAGUGCAAUGUUUGAGUACAUUGUUGUCGGAUUGGCCGACUACAGCUGGGAAUUAUACGUUGCUUCGAUAAUGGUGAUGCUGAAGGGAGUCGCUGUACCAAUGUGCCGUGCAUAUUUGGCAUGUUUGGUACCGUCCUGCGAAAUUGGCAAAAUCUACUCAAUGACAACAUCAAUGGAAUCUUUAGCACCAAUCGGAGCCGCUCCGAUCUACACAUUUAUCUAUAACUAUACAAUCGAUACAUAUCCGGGUGCAUUCAAUUUCUUCAGCGCUAUCUGUUACCUCUAUUGUAUUAUACUGAUAACAAUCGUAUUCUUCAUUCGAAGUAGACGACAAGAGGCGGCUAACUACGAACGAAUUACCAGCUGAUCAACGAUAUUUUACGAAACAUGAUGUUAUGUCGCAAAUAGAAUAGAGUACAUACCGUCAAGAGUACCUUUUUCUCAUGUAAUAUUAAAUUGGGUAAAUGGAAAUUUAAUUGUGAAAAACGAAAUCGAAAUAUAUUGCAAUUAAUACAUUAUUCCAUUGGUUAACUUAUAUCGGCAGUGGAUGAUAAGUAUGCCCCACCGUGCACACCUGUAUGAUAGAUUCAAUAAAAUUUAGAAACUCGAACCAUUUGUAUGAUAAUUUGAAAGAUUAAAAAUAAAAAUUCGAAAACAAA